CGGGAACGACCUGCCUCCAGGUGUGGACUGCUGUUGCUAAUAAGGGAAAAGGGCAGACUUCAGAAGGUGGUUAUGGAAGGAUUUCUCAGUUGAAUAAGGCUUAACACUUUUCGAUACCCGCCCGAUGGCCGACGUGUUCGUGUACGGGACCCUGAAGCGAGGCCAGCGCAACCACAAGGUCCUGCUGGACCGCACCAACGGCUGCGCCACCUUCCGAUGCCGGGGCCGCAUGGUGGAGCCGUACCCCUUGGUGAUCGCCGGGGAGCGUAACCUUCCGCGGCUGCUGAACCUGCCGGGGCGCGGCUACCGCGUGUUCGGGGAGGUCUAUGCUGUGGACGAGCAGAUGCUGCGCGUCCUCGACGAGUUCGAAGACUGCCCCAAC